AUGACCGUCGCCUUGCUUCUCCUCCUCUCGGGAGUAUCGCUUGCGGCAGCCCAUUGCGCCGAAGACAACUGCCUUCGCGCCCUCAACGCGACCCAGACUCCAGGCCGCCUCGCCUCUGCACAGGCUUUCUGCGCGACCUUCACCCGCCCGCUGGCGGCGGCUAAUACCUCUGUCCCAGACUAUGCUUCCGAGAACUGCAGCGGUGCCUCGGGCCCGGUGGCGUCAUCGAGGCUGUCAAGCGCGUGCUCGUGUAUCGCGCCUAGGGUUACAGAAGCUAGCAGCACCUCUAGGCCUUUGUCUGUCACUGUGACGACAACGAUGGUCAAUCCGACCUCGACGUCUGCGCACGGCGGCGAGCGUCCUACGGGGGAACCCUGCGCGAUCAUCAGCGAGUUUUGGGCCAAGGAAGUGGCGGCUGCCAAUCCCAAUCCGAGUGUGAGUGCGAAGCUGGCCCACGACUGCCUCAGGUCGGUGCCACUCCACAAAGAAGCAGCCAUCACCCUCGUCGACGCCAUCCGGCCCUACCUCGAGUGGCAGUCCAAUCUCGCGUACCUCAAGAACCCGCCGGUAGGAUACGAGCCCGAGCCUUUCGAUCCCGUCGGGCACCUGCAGAAGGUCCGGGAGAGGCUCGUCGCGGACGCGUACAGCGGCGAGCUGGACUUCCAGGAGGACCUCUUCGAGAUGACCGCCAAGACCCGCGACGGCCACUUCGCCUUCUUGCCGGACGCGUUGACCGGCGUCUUCCGGUUCAGCCGGCCCUUCCCGCUUGUGUCGUAUGCCAAGAACCCCUUUUCCACGCCCGUCAUCAAGAUCUUUGAUGAGGUCAAGGCUGUCGGUAACAAUGCCACAACCGUGUUGCGGAUCAAUGGCGUCAGCGCCUCGGCAUUCGUCCAGGGCCUCACCGACCGGGCGUCAACCUGCCACGACCCGGACGCGGCUUACAACGAAAUGUUCUACUCCCAGGCCAUAGAGUGGUUCGGCACCCUGGGGACGUUCCAAAAGAUGGGGUGGCACAAUUAUCUGUAUCCUGGCGAGAACACGACCGUGGAGUACACCACGGGUGAGGUCAGGACCGCCGCCAACGUUGCCUCCAUCCAGGAGCCCUUUUUCAACAUAACGGAUGGCGAGUCGUUUUAUCAAAGAUUCUGUGUGCCUGCACCGGGGCGGUCGGUCUCGCCAGGCGGCGCUGCUGCUCCGACAGCACCAUCCAGGAGAAGCGUGGUGCAGCUCGGACAGUACCCGGAACCCGUGGUGAAGAGUUACGACAACGCGGUAUCGGGCUACUAUCUAAACAGCGAAGGGUUUGAAGAUGUGGCGAUCCUCAACGUUGUCCACUUCGCCGUGAAAAGCAGCGAGAUCUUCCAGAAGUCCGUCGAUUCAUUCUUCGAAGCCUGCAAAAAAGCAGGAAAGUCGAGGAUCAUCGUCGAUCUACAAAUGAACCCAGGGGGCUAUGUCCUCCAAGGAAGCGACCUAUUUCGUCAGUUCUUCCCGCACAUCGAGCAGGAUGCGUUCACGCGCUGGAGACUGAACGAUCAAUUCCGGACGAUGGCGGAGGGCUAUUCUGCCGCGGGCGACCACAUUGAACCCGGUGAUCGAAACAGCACGGCAAUUCGGUCACUAUGGCACAACGUGUGGAAUUACCGCACGGAUCUGAACAUGACAAACCAGCCGUUCGAGUCCUUCGAAGCCAAGUUCGCACCGUGGACGUGGGCAGGCGACGCAUACACGGCUCUCAUCCGAAAUGACCUAAACGACAGCCUCACGACCACUGUCGGUUUCGGCAUUGAUAUCACCGGGUAUGGGAGCCGAAAGAACUUCACCCAGCCUUUCGAGUCUAGAGACAUCGUCCUCCUGACAGACGGCUUCUGCGCCUCGACUUGCUCCGUCUUCGCGUCCGCGAUGAAGAGCCAAGGGAAUGUGAAAACGAUUGUAAUGGGCGGCAGGCCCAAUGGCGGACUCAUGCAGGGUGUUGGCGGCACAAAAGGAGCCCAGAUCCUCACCUUCGAGGGUAUUUUCGAAGCAUCACGCACACUCAUGGAUACGAGUUACACGAACCUGUCCUCAAAGCAGGAGGCAUCCCUGUCGCAGCUUACCAGUUUGCCCUUCGAAAGAAGCACCGUUGCGAGCCUUAACGUUCGCGAUCAGAUUCUGCGCAACGACAUCAACACCGGUAUUCCAGCUCAGUUUGUCAACGAGCCGGCUGAUUGUCGCCUUUAUUGGACCCUGGGUAUGCUGAGUGACGUGAGGGAGAUCUGGAAAGCCGCGGCCAACUCAGCGUGGAACGGUGGUGGCUGCGUCGCCGGAACAGGCUUCGGGAAAGCGAGGCCCAAUGUUCCGUCGUCGUUCAAGGCGACCGGAGCGGUGGCCAGGCCGCAGACCAAGGUGAUAUCCGCGCUUGAUGUUGGUUUGGAUCAAGAUGCCUUGGAUCGAGAACCCGAUUGGCGACCCGAAACCUUCAUGUUCUAA